AGCCCAGUGUUUGAGGAAGUUAGCUGCUGUGAGCUUCUGCCAGCCUGUCUAGCAGCGGCUGUGUAUUGUUAACAUGUCAGUGAUGGAAGACGAAGAACUGGAAUUCGCUGAUGAUUUGGAGGCGAUCCUGCACCUCACACCGGAGGUGCAGCAAGCCAUAGACCAGGUCUUUCCUAGUCAGGAUCCGUUGGAUAGACCGGACUUCAACGCGGUGGAGUACAUCAACACCUUGUUUCCCACUGAACAGUCUCUGGCCAAUAUCGAUGACGUGGUGAACAAAAUUCGUCUGAAAAUCAGGCGGUUGGACGAUAACAUCAGGACUGUGGUGAGGGGGCAGACCAACGUGGGACAAGAUGGCCGACAGGCUCUGGAGGAGGCUCAGAAGUCCAUACAGCAGCUCUUCGGCAAAAUCAAGGACAUCAAAGACAAGGCGGAGAAAUCGGAACAAAUGGUCAAAGAGAUCACUCGGGACAUCAAGCAGCUGGACCACGCCAAGCGUCACCUGACCACCUCCAUCACCACCCUCAACCACCUGCACAUGCUGGCGGGGGGCGUGGACUCCCUGGAGGCGAUGACGCGGAGGCGUCAGUAUGGGGAGGUGGCUAACCUGCUGCAGGGCGUGGUCAACGUGCUCGAGCACUUCCACAAGUACAUGAGCAUCCCACAGAUACGGCAGCUGUCCGAGAGGGUCAAAGCUGCACAGAGUGAACUGGGGACACAGAUAUUAGCUGACUUUGAGGAAGCGUUCCCCGCUCAGGGGUCAAAGAGGCCAGGGGGGCCCAGUAAUGUGCUGAGGGACGCCUGCCUGGUGGCUAAUGUCCUGGACCCUCGGAUCAAGCAGGAGAUCAUGAAGAAGUUCAUCAGGCAGCACUUGUCGGAGUACCUGCUGCUCUUCCAGGAGAACCAGGACGUGGCCUGGCUGGACCGGAUUGACCGGCGGUAUGCUUGGAUCAAGCGGCAGCUGGUGGACUACGAGGAGAAGUACGGGCGCAUGUUCCCGGCAGAGUGGUGCAUGACUGAGCGCAUCGCCGUCGAAUUCUGCCACAUCACCAGGACGGAGUUGGCCAGGAUAAUGAGGACUCGGGUUCGGGAGAUCGAGGUGAAACUGCUGCUGUUUGCCAUCCAGAGGACCACCAACUUUGAGGGUCUGCUGGCCAAGCGCUUUUCUGGCUGUACUCUGACUGAUGGGCCUGGGCAGAAGCAGGUGGACACACCCCUGGAGCCCACAAACCCGUUCCUGGAGGACGAAGCAGGAGAUGACUGCUCCUUAGAAAAGGAGGAGGAGCUUGACAGGCCGAAGAAGCCCAAAGCUCAAGAUAACCCAUUCCAUGGCAUUGUGUCCAAGUGCUUUGAGCCGCACCUCUACGUGUACAUCGAAUCACAGGACAAGAACCUGGGCGAGCUGAUCGACCGGUUCGUGACAGACCUGCGCUCUCAGGGCCCCCCCCAGUGUGGGAGUGAGGAGGGGGGGGCCGUGCUGCCCAGCUGUGCUGACCUCUUUGUGUACUAUAAGAAGUGCAUGGUGCAGUGCUCCCAGCUCAGCACCGGGGAGCCCAUGAUCGCCCUCACCACCAUCUUCCAGAAGUACCUGCGAGAGUACGCCUGGAAGAUCCUGUCUGGAAACCUGCCCAAGACCAGCAGCGGCAGCGGCGGGUUGACCAUUAGCAGUCUGCUGAAGGAGAAGGAGGGGUCAGAGACGGCCAAGUUCACCCCGGAGGAACUCUGCCUCAUCUGCAGCAUCCUGAGCACAGCAGAGUACUGCCUGGCCACCACACAGCAGUUGGAGGAGAAGCUGAAGGAGAAGGUGGAUAAGGCUCUGGUGGAGAGGAUUAAUCUGACCGGAGAGAUGGACACUUUCAGCACGGUGAUCUCUAACAGCAUCCAGCUGCUGGUGCAGGACCUGGACUCAGCGUGUGACCCCGCCCUCACGGCCAUGAGCAAGAUGCCGUGGCAGAACGUGGAGCACGUUGGGGACCAGAGCCCGUAUGUGACCUCGGUCAUCAUGCACAUCAAACACAACGUGCCCAUCAUCCGCGACAACCUGGCCUCCACACGCAAGUACUUCACCCAGUUCUGCAUCAAGUUCACCAACUCCUUCAUCCCCAAAUUCAUCACUCACCUGUUCAGGUGUAAGCCAAUCAGCAUGGUGGGAGCAGAGCAGCUCCUGCUGGACACACACUCCCUGAAGACGGUUCUGCUGGACCUGCCCUCCAUCGGGUCCCAGGUGGUGCGCAAGGCCCCCGCCAGCUACACCAAGAUCGUGGUGAAGGGCAUGACCCGCGCCGAGAUGAUCCUGAAGGUGGUGAUGGCGCCACACGAGCCGCCGGUGGUGUUCGUGGACAACUACAUCAAGCUGCUGGCGGACGGGAACCCCGACACCUUCCAGAAGAUUCUGGACAUGAAGGGUCUGAAGCGCAGUGAGCAGGGCAGUAUGCUGGAGCUCUUCAGGCAGCGGUUGCCCACCCCGCCAUCAGGGGGCGAUGGCAUGCCCUCCCUGUCCUUCAGCGCCCCCACCCCGGAGCAGGAGUCGUCCCGCAUCCGCAGGCUGGAGAAGCUCAUCAAAAAGAGACUGUGAGCCCCCACUCCACCCCUGCCCCCGCCCCACCCACACUCCCCUCUCCACCCCGCCCCCUACCCACACUCCCCUCUCUCCACCCCGCCCCGACUGUGGAUCCCUGUCCCGUGUCCCUCUAAAGAGACGCUGACCCAUCUGGACGCAAACCACUUCCUCCUCCGUCUCCUUCUGUGGAUUUAACCAAUGGGGCUCCCCACAGGUACCCGAAUCGGCCAAUGGGAGAAGGCCUUUUCUCACAAUAAGAGUAUGAAAGUGAUGAGCUGGUGAAUAUGAGACUGAAAUUGUUGUUGGACGGUCAGAAAGCCCUACCAGCACGAGUGAGCCAGGCUCUCUACCGGAGGAAUGCACACGCGCUCUCGCAGUCUGCUGCUGGAAUGGGGACUGGCGAGGUGUGUGUGUGUGUGUGUGUGUGUGUGUGGGGCAUUCCGUCCCUCUUGCGCUCCUGGUUUAGCUCUCCUGUGCUGGGCAUCUGGUGUUUAUCUGAGCAGCACAGGAACUUAAACCACGCGCAGGCCUGCCUGUGCCUCCCCAAUCUGUGUGUGUGUGUGGGUGUGGGGGGGGGAAGCCUCAUGGCCCUACAACUGACACGAAAGGGGGCGGGGUCAGCCAGUGACCGGCAGGAAACCCGUUCGCAGCCUCGCGGUGAAGAGGGAAGCGGCACAUGAGCCCGUCUGAACCCUGUAGGUGCUGGAAUGGCUGGCGCAAACCGCAAACGCAACCGAGGCGAUGUGUGUGUGUGUGUGUCUGUGGGGGGGGGUUUGCAUGCGCAUGCAUGCGUGUGUACGAUCAUCAGGAGGAGCCAUUCUGUUGGAGGGUUUAAAUGUUGGCUGAAUCCUGCACUCCGUUGAACCCUGCUUAUUAAUAUAUUAAUAUUAAUAUAUUUGUCCAGUGUGAUUGCUGUACAAAUUCCUGCCUUCUGUUUAUAAAAAUAGCUUUAAUGAUUUUCGAAUUAGUACUAUAAUGGUUAUUGGCGACACGACACUAAUAAAAUACCUUCACCACGAGAAA